AUGAUAUCCUUUGAAAUCAAAUGGGGUGCCAAGAAGUUUGAUAUUGAGCUCACUCAAGAAACCUUUGAUACAAUGACAGUAUCUGAUUUGAAGUCAAAAUGCCAGCAACUUACAGAGGUCGAGCCACAGUUUAUGAAACUCAUUGUCAAAGGAGCCAUUCUAAAAAACGACACACAGUUGAUCAAAGACACCAAGGUUGGACAAGGAGCCAAAAUCAUGCUGAUGGGCGGAUCAAAGACACACAUUUCUGUGGCAAAGACACCUCCCAAGGCAGAUGCGCCCAUUGCAACUCGACUACUGUGGACUCGAAACUUGCGAGAAUCCGUACUGCGACCUGAUAUCAAGCGCUAUGAAAAGCAAGUUGGCGAGCAUCUAUUACAACCCUCACCCGAGCCCAAACAAACAAAUCAGUUGAUCAAUUACGGAAACUACAUGCACGAAAAGUUAAUGCACAUUCUACAGCAAUUGGAUACCAUGCCAGAGGUGAAUGACAAGGAAAGAAUAGAGCGCAAGGAGAAUGUGAAAGACACAGAAGCACUGCUAGAUUUGAUCGAGAGUAUAAAGGCCAGAUUGACCAACAUUACAAAAUAA